AUGCGGGACAGCGCUGCCCAGGGGAUGGGGAGCCCGUGUUGCCCGGCGUUUUCCCAGGGGGCCGUGGUGAGCGAGGGACCGGAGCCAGGCGAGAAGGGGCUGGUGUAUCAAGAGACGCCUGAGCUCUUGCAGGGGGUGAAGCCAGUGCCUGGGUCAGUGGAAGCCGAGACCCCCAAUGGGCCUGCCCCCGGGGGCCCCCCCGAGGUGCGCCUGUCCCUGCGCCGCUGGGCAGUGGUGCUGCUGUUCAGCUGCUACUCGCUCUGCAAUGCCUUCCAGUGGAUCCAGUACGGCAGCAUCAACAACAUCUUCGUGCACUUCUACGGCGUGAGCACCUUCGACAUCGACUGGCUCUCCAUGUGCUACAUGCUCACCUACAUCCCCCUUCUUUUCCCUGUGGCCUGGCUGCUGGACAAGCGGGGCCUGCGCCUCAUCGCCAUCGCCGGUUCAGCCUUCAACUGUCUAGGCGCCUGGGUGAAGCUGGGCAGCAUGAAGCCGCACCUCUUCCCUGUCACCGUUCUAGGGCAGGUCAUCUGCUCGGUGGCACAGGUCUUCAUUCUGGGCAUGCCCUCGCGCAUCGCCUCCGUCUGGUUCGGGUCCCAUGAGGUCUCUACUGCCUGCUCCAUCGCUGUCUUUGGGAACCAGCUUGGAAUUGCAGUGGGCUUUGUUCUCCCUCCCGUUCUGGUUCCCAACUUGGAGGACACAGAACAGCUGGCCUACCACAUCAGCAUCAUGUUCUUCAUCACUGCAGCCGUGGCAACGGUGCUCUUCAUCCUCGUCAUCAUUGUGUUCCAGGAGAAGCCCCCGUUUCCCCCAAGCCGGGCCCAGGCCUUGAUCCAGUUGAAGCCACCUGAGGAAUAUUCCUACGUGCAGUCCAUCCUCAGGCUGCUCCGCAAUACCAAUUUCGUCCUGUUGAUAGUCGCUUAUGGUUUGAACACUGGUUGCUUCUACGCCCUGUCCACUCUGCUGAACCGCAUGGUGAUCCAGCACUAUCCAGGGGAGGAGGUGAAUGCUGGAAGAAUUGGACUCACCAUUGUAGUGUCUGGCAUGGCUGGAGCUCUACUCUCUGGCAUCUGGUUGGAUAAAACCAAAACCUACAAGAAGACGACGCUGGUGGUUUACAUCAUGUCUCUGGGGGGCUUGGUAGCCUAUACCUUCACCCUGAGCCUAGGCCACCUCUGGGUGGUCUUUGUGACCGCAGGCGUGCUGGGAUUCUUCAUGACCGGGUACCUACCGCUGGGUUUUGAGUUUGCGGCAGAGUUAACGUACCCAGAGUCAGAAGGAACAUCUUCAGGCCUCCUUAAUGUAUCGGCACAGGUUUUCGGGAUCAUUUUCACCAUCGCCCAAGGGAAGAUCAUCGAUCGCUUUGGGACGCAGGCGGGAAACCUCUUUCUUUGCUCCUUCCUACUCCUGGGGACUUUCAUAACUGUGUUCAUUAAGGCCGAUCUCCGGAGACAGCGGGCCAAUAUGGACGGUGAACAGACGGGCCCUCAUUUUGGAGGUGUUAAAACAAAGAGAAGGAGGCAUAGCUGCUAUUUCAAUAGGACUCAUCCUCCCCUCCUGUGGAACUGUCAGGCAGACCCAGGAACUAAACCCAUUAAGAACUGGAGGGAUAUGUUGGUGGUGAAGGGUCUUCAAACAUGGAAUAAUUCAGGAGACUCCAGGACAGCAGUCACAUCACGGAUUAUGGAAUGUAGCUUGUAG